AUGUCUAUGACCAGACCCCGUUACUGCAGGAUUAACCUGAGUGUCCCAGUUUUGGACCGUUUCUUCAACCAGGAAGAUCCCCGACCAGACUUUCGGCUGAGCAGGGAGUCUCUGGCAGCAUUGCAGAACCUCCUGAACCAGGAGAGAAGACAUGGGUGGGGUGCUACAAUAGAGACCCUGGUGUUUCUCUUCUGGUUGGCCUGUGGAGCAUCCUACAGGGUGGUCUCAAGAGUGUUUGGGAUGCCCCGGUCCACUGUCCACUACAUUGUCCACCGAGUGACUGAGGAGGUGGUGGCCAUUCGCCACAAGGUCAUCUUCCUCCCGAAGACCCCGGAGCACCUGGAAGAAGUCUCCAGCGGGUUUGCAGGGCUGGCACGCCACAGAGCUUUUAUCAAAGCUGCGGGUGCAAUCGACGGCUGUCACAUCCGCAUCAAGGCUCCGAGCGCCCCUGAUGGUCAGUGCUACAGAAACAGGAAACUUUUUCCAUCAAUAAUCCUUCAGGCUGUUUGUGACCAUCAGGGCCGCUUCAUCGAUACGUACGUGGGCUGGCCUGGAUCGGUGCACGACUCCAGGGUGCUCCGCCACAGCCCACUGUACGCUCAGUCAUACUACCCUCCUCCAGGGCAUUUCAUCUUGGCCAAUGGAGGAUAUCCAUGCCUCCAACGGCCUCUCCCCCUCAUCACUCCUUACAAGAGGCAGGUGCAAGGUGUGGGAGCCCAGCGCUUUAACAGCCAUCAUUCCAGGGCACGGUCCAUUAUAGAGCGUGCUUUUGGAAUGAUGAAGACAAGGUUCCGCUCCAUCUUUUCCGCAUCCACCAAGUUACCAGUUGUGACAGCAUGCACCAUCCUCCACAACAUCUGCCUCAGUGCCGGAGAUGUGUUGGCACCUGAGGAUGAGCCUGAGGACGAUGUGGAGGAAGAUGAGGGGGAGGCUGUCAUGGAGGCUGUCAGCGGUGCUCAGUGGCGGGACCAACUCUGUGCUGAGGUGUCUGCCCUGGAGGUUGUACCACCAGGUCAUGACUACCUUUAA